CGACUCGCAUUACUGAACUUAUGAAAGUCCUGAAAGAGCUGAAUGGUGGCAAAUAUGAACGCACCAUGGUCUCCCAGCAGGAGAAGGACACUGCAGAGAAACUCAUACUGGUGCCUGGAAGUGGUCAAAUUAUCAACAGAGAUAACAUCAUCAAAUUUGACCAUACCCCACUAGCAACACCCAAUGGAGACAUCCUUAUAAGAGAUCUCACAUUUGAGGUAAGGUCUGGCACCAAUGUUCUUGUGUGUGGACCAAAUGGCUGUGGAAAGAGCUCUCUGUUCAGAGUGCUUGGAGAGCUGUGGCCUCUGUUUGGAGGACACCUGACAAAACCUGAGAGAGGGAAGCUCUUCUAUGUUCCACAGAGACCCUACAUGACUCUGGGUUCUCUGAGGGACCAAGUCAUUUACCCUGACACCCAUGAAGAACAGAGGAGGAAAAGCAUCUCUGAUCAGGUGUUGAAGGAGUACCUGGACAAUGUUCAGCUGGGACACAUCCUAGACAGGGAGGGCAGCUGGGACUCAGUCCAAGACUGGAUGGACGUCCUCAGUGGAGGAGAGAA